UAGGUUGUACGGGUUGUAACCACUUUAACAAAGAUUUUGGUACAUGAUCCUUACCAUCCUUACGUAGGUGUGUUACGAAUAGGGUAAGCCACGUCUGCGUGAAGAAUGUUAGUUGUGAAAAUGACAAACAGCUGAUACUGAGUGUUUUGCCAGUCCAGUGAAGAAAAUUAAAGUGACAUGUACGAAACUUCGUAAUACGCAAGAACACAGUACCUUUAUCUAGUGAUUUGCAAAUUGUGUUAAUUUGUAAUUAAUAAAUAUUGCAUGGAACCUCUCUUGUGUCUUAUGUUCAUUGCUCUGGUAACAGUGGCAGUAUGAAUCUGUCCAACAUAUAUUUUGUCUGUACAUUUUAUGAGAAUAUAACGUAGGGCGUAACAAUUAUUUUAUUACCAAAAUAGUCAUGAACUAAUUCUUUUUCGCGCCCUGUAAUAAAUUGAAGAACAUUUAUAAAAUUUAGUCAUGGUAUGACAUGGCGAUGAACGGCAUAUCAAAUCUGGCUUCAUUGCUUCGAGAGAAUGGAGAUAAAGUGUUGAACGGCCAGAGUAAACUUUGUUUGACUGUGUCAUUGUUAAGGAACCUUAACGAAGCGUUCACCGUCAUUGUUGAGAAUGAUGAAGGAUGCAGUACAUUUCAUGUCAUUAACACAAACGAUACCCAGGUUGAAACAUUGAAUGAUAUUCUGUUUCUACAUGACUUUGUGCAGAAGACGGUUGGUCUGAAAAUUAGUAACAGUGCAGUGACAGAUGACUCUGUUAAGGGUACAUUAGACAUCUGUAAAUUUAGAAACUUGAAGUAUCUUGAGCUGAGAAGAUUUCCAGUGCUUCUGUUACGUGGGAUUCAGAGUGUGCGAAUGCAGUUGCAAUCUGUAGUUUGCAUCCACUGUAUCCAAAGAUUAGAAGAUCUUCUAUUAGACUGUGGAGCUGAUCACAGUACAGGAUUUGUAUGGAGUGACCUAAGAGAGGCAGUGUUUAGCUACAAUGGAAUAGAUUUUUUGGAUUGCUCCCUACAGUUUGCUCCAUGGUUGCAAAUCCUUGAUCUCAGUCAUAACAAGAUUUCUCAAGCUGAAGCCAUAGACUGUCUACCAAAUUUGAAAUAUUUGAACCUGAGUUAUAAUCUCCUUGAAUCUGUUCCUGUGGUUAAUAAAGAUGCAUGUAGAAAGCUGCAGGUUCUAGUCAUAAAGAACAAUUACAUCGAAGAUUUGUCAGGCCUGGUUAUGCUGGAGUCUUUAUUGGAACUAGACUUGUCAUGCAAUUGCUUGUCAGAUCAUUGUGCACUCACCCCACUUCUCUGGUUGUCUACUCUUAUAUGGUUAAGCCUAGAAGGAAAUCCACUGAGUUUUCAUCCCCAACACCGUACUCGGACAGCCCAGCGUCUUCAUGAUAGUACUGCUAAUGGCAAGUUUAUGUUGGACCGAAUGCCCUUGUCUAAGGCAGAAAGACUUUGCAUAGGUUCCUUGGGUGGAGUUGCUCUUCGUAACAAAUCCUGUAAAGAUGACACCUCGUCUGCAGGAAGUUGUUCUGCAUCUGAAAAUACUCUUAUUCCAGAAAGAGGUGACCAGUCUGUCAUGAAGCCUCACCACGGCCCUGGCUCUAAGAAAAGUGGCCGGGUACGUGAAGCAGUCAUCUCAGAUCAAGAUGGAGGUGCAGAAGAUUCUGACUUGAGUUCCAGCUUCAUGACAAAUUCUAUAGACCUCUCUACAGAACAUCUGGAGACAAAGAAGCAAAUUGAAACACUGCGUGAGAGAUUUGGAGAGGAGAACUGGCUACACAGUCAUGCUGGGUCCUGUGUUCAAGAUGUUCUUGGCCUCCAUAAGGCUGCGACUGUACCAUCGGCUGCCGCCUUGUCUGCAGAGUCUCCCCAGCAUCACAGUGCUACCAUUGUGACUUCUACUCAUAACGAAGCAGGAAGUGAUGGAUGUGACGCAACAUACACUCUAGAAACGGAGAAGGAUUCAGUAGUAAGAGAAGGAUCAUUUGCUUCCAAAGCACUUUCAUCUGAUAUUAGAAAUGAGGAAGGUAGCAGGGAAGCAUCGCCAGAAUCUGUGGAAGUUGAGUCUGAGGACGAGGAGUGUGAGGGAGAUGAAGAAGAUGAAGAUGAGGAGCAGUUAUAUCUUGUCCAGAGGCAGAGAGUGGGAACUCAAAAUGCAGAUGAAUUGUUUCUGGUUGUGACGGAAAGGCAGUUGAAAGAGAGAGAGGUGCUGUGUGGAAAGACCCAUGAGAGGUGGACCAUGGCAAGCUUACUGAGCUGCAACAGAAUACGUGGGGAGGGUCCCACUGCCACAGUACAUUUAACGUUCGACACGGUGCGUCGAGAUCGCCAAGAAAGGGUGUAUGUCAUGGAAGAGAAAGAUGCGCAGAAGCUUGUGCGGACCCUGGGUGAAGUGCUGGAUGCUAGACCAUUGACAGCUAUGAAUCAGCUUGUGUUUCGUUGCAUGAAAUGUUCUACUCAAUUCUCAAAAGAACUACCUGUUACAGGCGUGGGAGAGAAGAUGUUGACGUGUCCCACAUGUAACAGCACACUUGUGAUUGAGAUGGAUGAAAUCCCAUUACCGUCACACUACAGAAAUGACAGGGGAGAGAAGCAGUUUGUUGCUGUAGAGAAUGGACCACUGUCCUCAGGUUUACACUCUUCACCAUCACAAUCAAGCAUAGGAAGACCAGUGAGUGACACUGGGGCAUCAACAGUGAUGUAUGGUGGGGACAGACUCCAAGUGACAGCGAUGAUCCAUCACAAUGAAGCUCAGCAGCAGCCCUCUCGUUCAGCAGCCUCUCUGGAUCCAUUUGCAGAUUCUCCAAACAAUAUGAGGGUGGCAGUGAAGCAGUGGGAUAGUGACAUUGAGAUCAUUAGCAAUCCCAGCCAGAGCAGCAUUGAGGUGCUUUAUGAACAUGCUAGACUGCAAGGUGGUGUUGCUCCUGCAAGCAGUCGGUCCUCUGAGGAGAAACAGAUGGUGUCAGUUGCAGUCACAUCUCAACAGCCAGUUGUGCCUGAAGCAGCCAGUCACGUGGUCACACUUACCGGUCUCACAGAGAGCAGUUCUUCCAGUUCACUUACCGACAGCAUAUGCACAACCUAUGAAAUUCACUCAGAAUCACUCUCACUGAGACAAGAAUCCAUGACAGCGAACUUGGAAGAGAGACAAAGCAUAAUAACUGUUAGUGACAGAAACACCUCAACAAACACAAAAGUAAAUGAAGGAAUGCAUGAAACAGCUGAGAAAUUAUCAGAUGGCUCUGUAAAGAAAAGUGUUCAUGAAGAUGAGAACCCAGAAAUGCUCUUCAAGAUGCAUGAAGAGAAACUGAGUUCUCGGAUGAAUUAUGCUAGCAUGCUUGAAGGUUUGCUGCAGAGUGUUGGAUCUAAAUUGCCUUCCAAAUCAUCAGAGAAUGUUAUUGAGUCUUCUGACAGUAGAGGGGCUGUCAUUGGAAAUGAUGGAGUGAAAUAUUCAUAUUCAGAUUUUUCUAUUGUUGAUCAUCGAGUGAAACUUCAUCUGUAUUUGCAUGUGUUUCAGCAAGAACAGGAGGAACUUUUGUUUCUGCUUAGGGCUCAUAUUGUACCACUGUCAGCAACCCUGUCAUACCCAGGCUGCCUUGUCAUGUCAAGUAGAAAAGUUUAUAUACUGCAAAUAACUGGUGAGGAAGGGGAUGAUCCAGAGAAGUGGCUUCGGAAAGUAGAAAGUAGUCCCAUUGAAACAGCGAUAUUGCUGUUCCCAUUACUAUGUCAGCAAGGAAUUGGCAUGGAGCUGUUGCAUGAAGGAGGAGAGCAGCCAUCCUGCUUUUUAUUCAUCUUGCCAGAUCCGAACUACACUGUCAACUUCUUCUCUUUUCUAACAGGUGUACGGCUGCCAGAACAGUGCAAAGUGGAUCAUGCAGUGGUAGAGAGGCAGACUCUUGCAGUACAACAGCUUCUGCUCUCUGCAGCCGCCAGUGAUGCCACUGAUCCAACUAUAUGUGCAUGUGCUGUUUCAUACAGUUGCAGCAUCCAGAGAAACAAAGAGAAGAAGGAUGUUGGUAUGGGAGCCAUCACAGUCACAACAACAGAUCUCCUCCUAAUGAUGGAUAACUUACAGUGGCUGUUUCCAAAAUCAACUGUACCUCCACACACUCACAGUGGUCAGAUCACCAAUCUAAUAGAAGUUGAGAUGGAAGAUCAGUGCCAGUUGACUUUACAUUUCCUUGAUGAAGCUGCAGGCAGUGAUGAAUCAUGGACUUUAAAAUUUGGUUCUGAUUCUACUCUGGAGUCCAUAGUGUCAGCUAUUAGGAUACCAUGGGAACAGUUAUUUUCUGUUCCUCUUCAAAUUGUGAACAAGAAUAUUUCAGUUGUUUGAGGUUGAGAGUUUUUAAAGUCACCAAUCUUGUGCCUUACUCAUAUGUUUGUAAAUGGGAAUGUUAUCUGUGCUUUCUUUGUGAUGUACAGUUAGGAACUGGAAAGUAUGUAAGAAAUAUAUGUUCUUAAAAUGUAUAUAGUGAAAUUCUCAUUUAAUGUACCUGUGGGGGACACUAACCUGAGGAAAUUUAAUUGAAGAAAUGUAACAGUGAGAUAAAGGGUCUGGGGCCUUAGAAAUUUUAUACUACAUAAAGGAAAAUCAUGAAGAAACAUUAAAUGGGAUUCCAUUGCAUGUGUUUAUAUAUAUAAUUUAUUUUUAAACCCCGUUUGAACUGUAAAUUCUACAUGCAUAGAUGUGACUGUGUAUACAGAAUGAAGUGCUGAAUUUCAACAGAACAUGAG